AUGACCGAGCUGAGCGUGCACGAGGUGCGCGCCGCCCAGCUGAGGAUCCAGCCGCACGUGCACCGCACGCCCGUCAUCACGUGCAGACACCUGGACCGGCUCACCGGCCGCCAGCUCUUCUUCAAGGCGGAAAACCUCCAGAAGACAGGAUCCUUCAAAGCUAGGGGUGCAUGUAAUGCCGUGUUUGCCAUCAAGGAGCGCCGCCCCGAUGUGCCUGGCAUAGUGACCCACAGUAGUGGUAACCACGGCCAGGCCACCGCCUAUGCAGCAGCCCUGGCCGGCCUGCCCUGCACGGUGGUCGUGCCUCGCGACACUGCAGCUGUGAAGGUGGACGCCAUUCGGGCCUACGGCGCUCACGUGCUGCUCUGCGAGCCGACUGUCGACGCCAGGCGAGAGGUGUGCGCGGCCGUGGCGGCCCGCACCGGGUUCACAGUUGCCGAGUCCAGUGACAGCUGGGACACCAUGGCCGGACAGGGCACCAUUGCGCUCGAGCUGCUUGAACAGGUCCCCGAUCUGGACGCCGUCCUGGUCGCAGUCAGCGGCGGCGGCAUGGCAGCCGGCAUCGCGGCAGUGAUCAGCGAGCUCAGGCCAGAGUGUAAAGUGUUUGCCGUGGAGCCGCAGGGGAAGGAGCUGGGCGCGAGUCUGCGCGCCGGCCGCGCGCUGUGGCCGCCGCUGCCGGGCGGCCGGCUGCUGGACACGCUGGCAGACGGCUGCCGGCUGCCCGGCUGCGGCCGGCUGGCCUUCCCGCUGCUCUGCCGGCUGGUGGGGCCGCGCGUCAUCACCAUCGCCGACCGGCAGAUCGCCGCCGCCACGCGCGCCUUCUGGCAGCACACCAAGCUGCUGAUCGAGCCGUCGGCGGGGAUGGCCGUGGCGGCGGCACUCUCUGACCAGCUGCCGCCGCAGCUCCGGCGCGUCGCCGUCAUCCUCUGCGGCGGUAAUGUGGACCUGGACUGCCUCGGCUGGCUGGCAGCGGCCGACGGCCAGCCCGCCGACCGCCCCGACACCCGUCUGGUGAACGACUGCCAGACUGCCGGCCUCUCAGAGCACGGCGACCAGUGAAACGCCGAACCGAGCGGACCGACCCGUGAGAAGUCAGCGGAAUAAUCUGUGAGAUGUUAGCGGAACAGCCUGUGUGAGCUGUGUGAAGGAAGCGGAGCGACUGAUCAGCACGAUCAGUGAGUCGGCGAUCGGGCAGUGCCUGCCGCCGGCCUCCCCGUGACUGGGCGGGACUACUCGUAUCCGCUCUGUCUGGCGGGUUAGGCAGGCGGGGCCGGUAUAUCACUACAGGCGGCGGGUCAGCCUGACGGCCGGUCGCGUCUAGUCUCCCGCGCCUCGCGCUGGAUGCGCUCCGGCUGAUUUCUUGCAGUGGGCGUUGCGCUCUGUGAUCACGUCUCGUCGCCAGGCAGCUGAGUGCUGCCGAUCAAUAUACGCACAACUGUCA